AAAUAGCAAAACAGAAACGGUGUGAGAUGGGUAAAAAGGCGACGACGAUUGUAGACGCUGGGCGAAGCAAAAUGUUCAAAUGUACAGCACCGGCGAGACCCAGCGGGUAGUGGAAGAUUUGCGUACUGAUGCGGUAAUGGUGCGAUAGUAAUUAAAUCGAGUAAAAACCAUGUUUACCAUCAGUCAGGCAGGCAAACGGGGGUCUAAGAUGCGGACGAAUGCAAUGGUCGAGAUUCAAAUGGACUUGCCCAGAGCAACAGAAGCAAGCAAGCAGCAUCCAAAUGAAUGUUUGACGUUGAAUGUGCUCGGGAGUAGAAUUAUUUCCCACCCGCCCACGGGGCAGUGCUUUCUCUCGGGGAACGAAGUCAACACAGACGGCAGCACAACAGCUGAAGUGCGAUAAUGAGACAGGAGGACAGCUUGAAAAGAAGUGAAUAAGCUCUUUCGGUGCAUUUAGCGUCCCUGAUGGGUGGAAUAAUGAACUAGCACAGCAGCGCAGUGUUAGGUGCCUUUUAGUGUAUCGUUCAGAGAAAAUUUGCAGCAGAAAAAAGGACCCGCCAGGACGAGCUUUAUACCAGUGAACGCUCCAUUUGAAUUUGCCUUCUCAUUCAGCAUUCGAGCAGUGUGGUAAACAUUCGAGCACCACUGCUCGACUGUCAAUUGCGGCUGCGAAACGAAACGUCAAGUGUUUUGGCGGCUAGUGCCAAUACAACAAAAAACCAAAACAACACACAGUUCCAACAACACCACAGGCAGUGUGGCGCAAAUAGAACGAUGGACGAAGUGCCUGCCAGUCCUGUGGCGGUGAAGCGAAAGAAAUUCCGACGAAAAUUAGGUUCAUUGUUUAAACGUUCCAAGGAAACGUCCGGUGCUGAAAGCUUCACCGAUGGAGCUUCGUUCGAACAGUCUGCAGACGUGUCCGGUAUGGAGAUUGCUGUUGCAGAAAGUGAUGCCAAGCGAAAGCUUUCGACAUUUUAUUACAAUGAAAAUGUGGAAGAACUGGAAACGGUUAGUGCAAAUCCGCUGGCAUCCGCAAUACUGCUGGAGAAAGCUAGUUCCGUUCAGAUGCCGAAUCCAGUGCCAUCCAGAGAAUUCAUUGCGUGUUCGAACGAUGAGUUCCUAACAGUGGGUGAACUGGCAAGACGAACUGGUGUUGGCGGUAGUGGCGAUGUUCCUGAUUGUAUGUCCCCUCGAGCUUCAACUUCUGCAACCGCGAAACCUCACAAUUAUAGCUUCACCCAGAUGGAGAUCGAUACACAAAUGAUCGAUAUAUUCGCGGCAGCCGAUCUCCUGACGGGUUCUACUACUAUUAAGCAGCAAUCAAACCCGGAUCCUAAACCACCCGGUUUAAGAGACAAUACAACACCAGUGAAGCUGGUUAUACUUCCACUACCAACAGUAAAUGUAUCAAAAGAUUUAGCUGCUUCCCGUGACCGCACCAUUGUGGAGAGAAUAUUGGACGAUUUUACGCUGGAUGAAAGCGAACAGUGCUCGAUGGAAGUAGAUUUUUCCAUCAUCAAAUCGGAAAGCUUGCGAAGAAGAUUAAUCCAGCUGCGGGAUUUAAUCGCAAGUCCACCGAAGCCCGUAAAGCGAGAACCGGCGUGUCGACAAUACGGACGGUGUAAGUUUAACAAAAGGAAGGAGCAAUUACUGGCACGUCGGUUAAGCUACGACACGGAUGAUUCGUCCAGGAUUGGUCCACCGCUGAGUGAUGAUGAGUCCGAUAUAUCUAUGGCUCGAAACGCAAACGACCACAGCGAUAGUGACGUUUCGAUGGAUGGAAUGGCUCUGAAUGAAAGUGUCCUUAUACAAGCUAAUCUCACACAGCUUUCGGCUUUCUUCUCGCAAGCGGUAACAAGCCAGGAAGAAGGCGAUAGGGGGGAACGAGAGAACCGAAACAUAACUCCCAAAUCUGCUUCCAUCGAUCGAGAGCCUCCGUUCUUAGGGUUUGCCUCACCUAUUUCAUUGCCAUCGGAAAGAGCAUGUUCUCCGAAGACCGUUCGUAUAAAUUUUGCCAUUUUAAGCGAAUUUGGUGAGCAAAGCUUUCCUGCGUCCGAUGAAGAAAACAUCACAACUAUCGAUAAACCAAUGCUCAUGGAAGAGCUGCUAGAAGACGAUGACGACCUGUUCAUGUUGGCACAUCACACGGUGGAAAAACAGGAGGACAAAAGUCGUAACAGAGAUAUCAAUAAGAAUGUUAUCGGGUGUGUCGAUGCACCAAUUCCUGCUCAAUCUACUGUAUCGAGCUUCAAUCACACGCGUAAUGGUACUUCGAUAAACGAAUCCGAUGAAGUAUUAAUGAAAGCGCAACGCAUGUUUGCAGAAGAGGAAGCGAAUCUCUCAGUACCUCCUGUGAACCCUUCUUAUGAUCCGCUUGUACCACGACCAUUAGAACCUACAGAGACAGAUCCUGUAAAAAUCAAAGAGUUUAAAGUUCCUGUGGCCCACACAUCAUCCAUUACAAACGAACCCUUCAGUGGAGGAUUUAGUACAGCUGGUGGUGGUAUGAUUGCCAUAUCGGUAAAGGCACUCAAAAAUGCUCAGAAAAUGUUCGCCGAAGAGGAAGCAAAGCUUCAAAAGGAAACAGAAACAGUACAAGCUGCUGAUGCAAAUCUACCAACCAUCAACGAUGCCAAUCGGACCGGAUUUGGAGGUGAUAAAUCUAUAAUCGUCUCGAAAAAGGCUCCUGACAUGGGAAAGAAAACGUUUGACGAGGAACAAUCAAAGAUAGAGGAAGAAAACAUUAUCGAAAAUGAAGUCCCAUUCGACGGUGGGUUCAGUACAGCAAGGGGAAGCAAGAUUUCCGUCUCGAAAAAGGCAUUAGAAAGUGCUCGAACGAUAUUUGCCGAAGAGGAAGCUAAAAGCUUGGAGCAGCAGCAAAAGAGCGCAACGAGUGGGUCGACCGAACCACCUGCAUUUGGUGGAGGUUUUAGUACAGCUAGAGGCAAUAUGAUUGCCGUGUCGAAAAAAGCUCUCGAAAAUGCACGAAAGACAUUAGACGAGAUAGAAACAAUUGUUGCCAAUGAAGGAAUGAAGGGCAAAGAGGAUGCGAUUGCGGCUGGUGGCAAUAUGAUUAGCAAAUCGGGCAAUUCGAAGGAAGAGGAUGAAGUCAACAAACGACCUUGUUUCGGAGUAGCAUUCAGUGUUAGUGGAGGCCCGAUAAAGGUCUCCAAAGCCGCUCUAGCAAGUGCACAAAAGCUAUUUGACGAAGUUGAUUCGAGCGUAGACAAAGAAAACCUUCCGCUGAAUGCGCCAUCCUUUAGCGGAGGGUUUAACACGGCUGGUGGUGGCAAGAUAGCCGUAUCUAGAAACGCCCUAGCAAAGGCCGAAAAACUGUUCUCCGAAGCAGAGGAUGAAACCGUUGGUCGAUUUGGAGGCUUUAGUACAGCGCGUGGUACCUCGAUUGCUGUGUCCGAGAAAGCUCUCGAAAAAGCACAAAAAGCAUUCAUUGAAGUUGAGGCAGACGCGUCGGUCGAUAAAGAAAACGUUACCAACAGUGCUGCUCCGGCUGCCGGUGGCUUCAAUACAGCAGGUGGGAGUAAAAUAGCCGUCUCGCUGCAGGCGUUGGAAAAUGCCAAGAAAAAGUUUGACGAAGAAGAAAGUGAGCCGAUCUCCAAUGGAAUCUCCGAAGGAACUUCGAGGAAUAAUUCUACCCUACCAGUUCCUGAAAGCGCUUCAAAAUCGACCGGCGUCGCUUCUUUUCCUGCGUUUAAUCGUGCAAGUGGAGCAGCCAUUGCGGUUUCGUCGGAUGCUCUCGAAAGGGCGCAACAGCUUUGGAAAGAAUUGGAUGAGGACACCACGAAGGAGGGAGAGCGGAAACCCGAACAAGAUGAAAGCCAUCGGAAGCGUAAACUAUCACUCACGGCAGAUGAACCGACCUUAACUCCAACGAAGAAAGCACGCACGGAUCCGCUUCAUCCGCUAGCGCUAUUUCAAACAAGCACACCAGCAAUAGCCUCGAAGAAGCUCGAACACUCACACACUUCCGGGAAACAAACGGUGGAAUCUACAUCGGCACACGAUGUCGAUGAAUUUUUCGCUCAGCUGGACGAUAACGAUUUCCAGGAAAUGUUCUGCGUCCAGCAAACGGUAGGGAAGAAACCGAAUAAGUUGCUUACCAAAUUUGAGCAAUGUGCAGCAAACACUCACGCAACAAGCAAACCGCCAGCCAAACUGGUCGGAUCGGAUUGGGACGAUAGUUUUUCGGAGAUCUUACCGAACCUGCCUGCAUCGGAUGAAUCGAAUGGGAAGGUUGCUUCUACUGUGGUGAAGCUCCCAUCAGAAGAGGUAGUAAGGCAACGGAUGGAAGCGUUACAAGAACAGCAGCAAUAUAUUGAAAAGAAGCCGGAAAGCGAGUGCCGACAGCGGUUGUUUGAAUUUUGUAGUAAAAAACUACAGAAGAAUCGUGUUGGCUUGAAGGCGUUCGUAGAAGGUAACGCUCCACGCGUGGCCCAAGUGUUAACUCCUGCGAUGAAUGUGACUCAGGAGAACGUUAUGGAGUUUCGGUUUAACGUGGCAGAUUAUUAUGGGGAAGAGUUCAGCAAUACAAAUACCUCCGGAAUCGCUUUAGGAACGGAUGGAAAAGAAGGUUGUUUGCUGAUGGCAGUCGACUCUACCGUAGGAUUAGAAGAGUUCAAACGUGCGCUUCUAGCCUCCCCGGGUAUCGAUCCUCGGCUCGUACCGGAAGGCUGGAUCGAGAAUAGUUGGCGCUGGGUCGUUACCAAGCUGAGCGCACUGGAGCGUAAUUUUUGCACCUACUUCCAGGGUGCUUUAUCACCAGAAAACGUCUUCCACCAGUUACAGUAUCGAUACCAUGUAGAAAUAGAUGGCGCACGUCGACCAGCUCUAAGGAAAAUGCUCGAAAAAGAUGAUGUUCCAAGCCGUCGGAUGGUACUGUUCGUGGCGAACGUGUUCCAAAGCGCCGGACCGGCCGGAACAGAACUAGAACUCUCCGAUGGAUGGUACAGUGUACGCGCGGAGAUUGAUCAUCCACUAGCAGCGGCUGUAACGGCUGGUAAAAUCACGAUCGGAACCAAACUUAUGAUUCAAGGUGCGGAACUAUUAAACCACAAAGAUGGUUGCUCACCGCUCGAAGUGCCACAGGAUGUGCGGUUAAAAAUCAGCACAAACGGCACCAGACGCACCCGGUGGUCGGUUAAAUUGGGCUACUAUCGAUGCCCCGUACCGUUCCCGAUCGAAUGUAACACCAUCCACGAACGCGGUGGAUUGAUCGCUCGGGUACGGGCGAUGAUCGUUCGGCUGUAUCCGCUUAUGUUCGUAGAAAAGUCUUCCAAUGAAGGGCAAGGUUCGGUGCUGCGGUCCGAACGUAUGCAGCAAAGGCACAGCAGAAGAAACGAUGCGAGCCAGCUGGAACAUCUGCACCGACUGCACAACCGUGUGCAGGAGGAAAUCGAGCGAGAACGGGCGGCGGUAAGGUUGAACCGAAACGUUCGCGUGACGGAGAAAACUACGACGGCCGAACUGCAGGAGUGUCUUGAGAAUGGACUCGAUCUUUCAUUUCUCGAUAUCGUGCUUACUCACUCCCAGCAGCUUGUGAUAGAACAGUUCCAACAGCGGCAACAGGAGGAGCUGCAAAAUGAAAUCAUUCGCCGAGUGAAGGCUGAGCUCGCGAAGAACUCCCUUCGACCGACGGUCACAGCUCUGCUAAAAGUCCGACUAAUGGAUCGUUUGCGACCGGACCGAUCGUUUCUUCUCUCGAUUUGGCGACCAGCGGACGAAGUACGCAGCAUCCUCCAAGAGCAAACCAUACUCGAGUUCGGACAUCUUACAGCGAACGGUUCGAAAAAUAACGAUGUGCAGCUAACGGCUCACAAAUCCAGUACGUACACGAAAGUUUCUCAAACGGAAGGAAACGACGUUCCUUCCUCGCAACACAGUCCCUUCUUCCGUACCCUAACGCCUAUCGGACAGAUCGAUGGCAUAAACUUCCGCCCAGCGUUCGGUGAGUUCGAUACGAUCGGUGUGGUCGUGCUGGUAGGGGCGGCCGAAACAAAAAAGUUCCAAUCGAUCUAUCUCGCCGAUACGGCAAUGGAUUUGUUGUGCAUUAACUUUUGGCACGGAUUGUCCGAGUACGCGGUCGACGAUGUGAUCCGCGAGCGGAAGAUCCUCUGCGUAGCCAAUCUUCAGUGGCGUACGUUUAGCCGGCAAACGCCAGGCAUCCCACAGUCGUUCGCAACCGAGUACACCACAUUUACGGAGAAUCCGCGCGAGGAUCAGCUUCGCAGCGAGAGGGAUCGCUUUCAGCUUCAGCUGGAUGCGAUCGAUGGGGAACAGUUUUUCCAGCGCUGCCAGGAGCGUAUCGGUGAGCUGCUGCUGAUGAACACGAGCACCGGCAGUGCCGGCACAACACCGUACGGGCAGCGGUCUGUGAGCAGGUUGCAGCAGCAGCAGCAGCAGCAGCACACGACACCGCUCGGAGGGAACAGUGCAACGAAGCGAAAGAUCGAAACGCUCGCAUCGAAUUACGGCAGCCCGCCGAAGCUGUCGCCGAUUGUGAUAGGCCGCAAUGUGAAUCUUCGCCGAGGAUUCAAAACGCCGGCCCGGGUGGAUGACGGCGAGAAUGCGCGAUGAUCGUGUAAGUUCACUUCCGUUCUUCUUUGGUUCGGGUUUGUGGUUUGUGUUGUGUGUCCGUCCGACGGCAAUGGGAAUUUACGGCGAAGUUUUUGUUGUUCAUGUCGUUGUUAAAAUAUAAUUCAUCCUUUCGAAGGAAGUGCAUCUCGAAUUGAGAGAGAUCUGUAAU